AGCCAGGCCAGCGGCCGCCGAGGGUGCCCGCCCAGGCGACCCGCUCUCCCGGCCGCGGCGCGGACGGACCGACGGACGGCGCUGCGAGCAGGAGGCGUCCGGCCAUGUUCAGCCGGAGCUCCCGGAAAAGACUCUCCAGCCGCUCGGUGAGUGUCCCCCGCUCGAGCGGGGCCGAUCGCCAGGCACCUCCAGCCGGCCGCGAGCGCCCGCGCGCAGCCCCACUGCGCCCCGCGGCUGCGCACCUGUGGCCCCAGUUGACCGGACUGGGGCGGAUAGAGCGAGGCCAGCCAUGUAACGCCUGUGGUGACCAGUGCCCUGGGUUCGCCUUGCAUAAAUGGAGGAAGAUCUGCCUGCACUGCAAGUGUCCCCAGGAGGAGCACAUGGUGACAGUGAUGCCGCUGGAGAUGGAGAAGACCAUCAGCAAACUCAUGUUCGACUUUCAGAGGAACUCGACCUCAGACGAUGACUCAGGCUGUGCUUUGGAAGAGUAUGCCUGGGUCCCGCCGGGUCUGAAGCCUGAACAGGUACACCAGUACUAUAGCUGUCUCCCAGAAGAGAAAGUCCCUUAUGUCAACAGUCCUGGAGAGAAACUGCGAAUCAAGCAGCUACUACACCAGCUGCCGCCACAUGACAAUGAGGUUCGAUAUUGCAACUCCCUGGAUGAGGAAGAGAAGAGGGAGCUGAAGCUUUUCAGCAGCCAGAGGAAACGUGAAAACCUGGGCCGCGGGAAUGUCAGGCCUUUCCCAGUCACCAUGACAGGUGCUAUUUGUGAACAGUGCGGAGGCCAGAUCAAUGGUGGAGACAUCGCUGUGUUUGCGUCACGUGCUGGCCACGGCGUUUGCUGGCACCCGCCGUGCUUCGUAUGCACUGUCUGCAAUGAGCUCCUGGUGGACCUGAUCUACUUUUACCAAGAUGGGAAGAUAUACUGUGGCAGGCACCAUGCUGAGUGCCUGAAGCCGCGCUGUGCUGCCUGCGAUGAGAUCAUCUUUGCAGAUGAAUGCACAGAAGCUGAGGGGCGACACUGGCACAUGAAACACUUUUGUUGCUUCGAGUGUGAGACAGUGCUGGGCGGCCAGCGCUACAUCAUGAAGGAGGGAAGACCCUACUGUUGCCACUGCUUCGAGUCCUUGUAUGCAGAAUAUUGUGACACCUGUGCCCAACAUAUAGGUAUCGACCAAGGUCAAAUGACCUAUGACGGCCAACAUUGGCACGCCACCGAGACCUGUUUCUGCUGUGCUCACUGCAAGAAAUCCCUCCUGGGGCGGCCCUUCCUCCCGAAGCAGGGCCAGAUAUUCUGCUCACGGGCCUGCAGUGCUGGGGAAGACCCCAAUGGUUCUGACUCCUCCGAUUCCGCCUUCCAGAAUGCCAGGGCCAAGGAGUCCCGGCGCAGUGCCAAAAUUGGCAAGAACAAGGGCAAGACGGAGGAGCCCAUGCUGAACCAGCACAGCCAGCUGCAAGUGAGUUCCAACCGGCUGUCAGCCGAUGUAGACCCCCUGUCACUGCAGAUGGACAUGCUCAGCCUGUCCAGCCAGACACCCAGCCUCAACCGGGACCCCAUCUGGAGGAGCCGGGAAGAGCCCUACCAUUAUGGGAACAAGAUGGAGCAGAACCAGUCCCAGAGCCCUCUGCAGCUCCUCAGCCAGUGCAACAUCAGAACUUCCUACAGUCCAGGAGGGCAAGGGGCUGGGGCCCAGCCCGAAAUGUGGGGCAAGCACUUCAGCAACCCCAAAAGGAGCUCGUCACUGGCCAUGACAGGACAUGCUGGCAGCUUCAUCAAGGAAUGCCGAGAAGACUAUUACCCGGGGAGGCUGAGAUCUCAGGAGAGCUACAGUGAUAUGUCUAGUCAGAGUUUCAGUGAGACCCGAGGCAGCAUCCAAGUCCCCAAAUAUGAGGAGGAAGAGGAAGAGGAAGGGGGCAUGUCCACUCAGCAGUGUCGGACCCGUCAUCCCAUCAGUUCCCUGAAAUACACAGAGGACAUGACGCCCACAGAGCAGACCCCUCGGGGCUCCAUGGAAUCCCUGGCCCUGUCUAAUGCAACAGGCCUCUCUGCUGAUGGUGGUGCCAAGCGCCAGGAGCACCUAUCCCGAUUUUCCAUGCCUGACCUCAGCAAAGACUCUGGAAUGAAUGUGUCUGAGAAGCUGAGCAACAUGGGCACUCUUAACUCGUCCAUGCAGUUCCGGAGCGCAGAGUCGGUUCGCAGCCUGCUCUCUGCCCAGCAGUACCAGGAGAUGGAGGGAAACCUCCACCAGCUCAGCAACCCCAUUGGCUACAGAGACCUGCAGUCCCACGGAAGGAUGCAUCAGAGCUUUGAUUUUGAUGGAGGGAUGGCAGGCAGCAAGCUGCCAGGGCAGGAGGGCGUGAGGAUCCAGCCCAUGAGCGAACGCACCCGGAGAAGAGCUACUUCACGCGACGACAACCGCCGUUUCCGACCUCACAGGUCCAGGCGUUCCCGACGCUCUCGCUCGGACAACGCCCUCCACCUGGCCAGCGAACGCGAGGCCAUCUCUCGGUUAAAAGAUAGGCCCCCUCUGAGAGCCAGGGAGGACUAUGACCAAUUCAUGCGCCAGCGGAGCUUCCAGGAGAGCAUGGGGCAUGGGUCCCGGAGGGACCUGUACGGCCAGUGCCCUAGGACUGUGUCGGACCUGGCUUUGCAGAAUGCCUUUGGGGACCGCUGGGGACCCUACUUCGCCGAGUAUGAUUGGUGUUCCACCUGCUCCUCCUCUUCAGAGUCUGACAACGAGGGCUAUUUCCUAGGAGAACCCAUCCCCCAGCCAGCGCGCCUGCGAUACGUCACGAGCGAUGAGCUGCUGCACAAAUACAGCUCCUACGGCCUCCCCAAAUCUUCCACAUUAGGUGGCAGAGGACAGUUGCACAGCAGGAAAAGACAGAAGAGCAAAAACUGUAUCAUUUCUUAAUAUGAUUGGGAUCAGGGAAUGGGAGAAGAUGGGAGCUAAGAAUGUAAAUUCAGAAACUUGCACUGUUUUAAAUGUUAAAGCGCUUUUGGGGGUGGCUUAUGGGGAGAAAAGGGAAAAUACUGUCAGUAGAUGCAGGCAAGGUUACAGAUUGACUCAAUAGGUAGUCACAGUUCUUGGCAUGUUGAAUAUUAUUUGCACAUUUCACUUUGGAAACACAGUAGACUCUAUCGAGGCCAGGGUUGGUCACUUCCUUCCCAUCAGUUCUGUGUUGAGUUGCCAUCUCUCAAGAUGGUAAAUUGUUUCCUGCUCGCUUUUAUCCUCUCUGGUUCUCUUACUUUUAGGACCCUUUUUUCAGUAAGUAAUUUGUUUAUUAGCCAGGACCCAAGACUAAGUUAUUUACAUGUCCAUUGUAAAUGCAAUGUAAAUGAGAGUUCUGAUAAAAUAUUUUUGUAUUUUGUAAUAUCAAAGGAAUUUCUAUAUCGUAGGACUCAGUGGGGACUUGCAUGCACAU